AUGAAAUUUACUCCUUCGCUAGUGUUAGGUUUAUUUGCAGGAAUUGGUAUUGCCAAUCUUAAUGCACCUAUUGAUCCCAAAGUAAAUGUGGAAGUGGAACAAGUUCCACAGGGUCUAAGUUGGGAAAAGUGGCAUAUGCAACAUGAGCAUAAACUAGAUGAUUAUACUCCAGAACAUUUUUUCGAUCUACAUGAUGAGGGUGGGAAAGGAUAUUUGAAUAGAGGCGAUAUUCUAGCAUUAUACGGUAUGAACCGUGGGGAAGUCAUUGGUAGUGGUGAUGGUAUGGGACACCACGAUGAUUCUGAACACUUAGAUCAAGAACUAGGUGACAGGGUUGCCCAAUUCAUAAUGAAAUUGCUAGAUGUAGAUGAUGAUUCAAAGAUUACGAAGCAAGAGUACCUAAAUUUCGCUCGUAAAGGUGGUGUUUUUCCUGAUUUAGGUGUUGGUGUUGGUCAUCAUGCUGAUUUUGAACUGGAAUACGAAAUUCACCACUGGAAUGAAUUCCAUAAAGAUAAAGAUCCAGAUGUGGAUGUUAUACAUAAAGAAGAUAUUGAACAUGAAUUGUUACACCACGAACAUGAAGUUGAACAUGAGGAAUCCGUUCAAAGAGGUGCAUCUAGAUCAACUGUGAUUACAGAUGAUGAACUAGAAUCUAGGAUAAAUCCAGAUGUCAUUCCAAAGAAAUACACAAACAGCUUGUUUUAA